UUUUCUUUUUCUUUGUAAGAUUUGUUUUUGUGAGUGAAAUCGGGCCGUUGAUGACUGAUAUUUUGAUUUGCCGACAUUGUCUGAUUAUCUUCUAUAAUUUGAUCGAGCUCUCUCUGUCUGAGGCCUGAUUUCGAUUCCUUUCAAAAUCCCUUAUGUUCUUCAUUUCUGUCUCCUUCAUUUACAUUUCAAUACGUUUUUUCUUUUUGUUGAUUUAGCGGUGGUACGAUUAUUCAAAGAAAAAGAAAUCAUAGUCGCGUGAUUUGGAUUCGUACUCCUAACUGUGAUAAUUCAAUUUGCUAUGAAUUUGUUUUCUGUAAUGCUCGGAAAAAUAUUGGUCAAAUCAAGUCAACCGAGGGGUAAAUGUGUCAUUUUGCCCAUAUGGUAAUUAUUGGGGUGCUGAGGACCUCCCAUCAGGGCAAAUAUGUCAUUUUUCCCCUCCGGUCAUUAUUGGUGUGUCCAAAGACCUCCAAUCAGGGCAAAUGUGUCAUUUUGCCCCUUCGGUCAUUAUCGAGGUGUACAAGGACCCAAUUAGGGCAAAUGACACAUUUGCCCCUCCAGUCAUUAUUGGUGUCCAAGGACCCUCAGUCAGGGCAAAUGUGUCAUUUUGCUCCUCCAUUCAUUAUAUGGGUCCAAGGACCCCAAUUAGAAUACCACAAGAGAAAAGAAAGUUAGGGAGAGAAAAGUGAGAGGAGAUAGAGGGAUCCUCGUGAACAAUUUAAUAGGGAGGUUGUUCUUCAAAAUCUGUGAAGAAACUCCGUUGAAAAACAAGAUUUGAGUCAGAAUCCCGAGAGAUCACCCAAGAAUGGAGAGAGAAGAAAUUCCAACAGCGACCCGUAGGCGGUGAAACGCAGCUUGGCAGGCAAAGGACACACGUCAAGCGUCGACUAGAGCAACGUAGCUCCAGCGAAAUGGCAUCACGUGUCGCCUUCAAACCCAAACCAACCUGCCGUCCACACGAGCAAAUUGACUCAUUGACCCUAACUGGAGUGCCUAAAUCGUGACUGCAGAACCUUCGCAAACGCGUGGUACUCGCGAGUAGCCGCUCCCCCACAGGGGACUAUUAUGAGCUUACGAGGUACUCAGCACACCCCUAAGCUAAAUAACCGGUCAUUACAGCUCGCCCUAAGGAACUCUUAGGUAUGAAAUGAAAGGACAGAGAACCAGUGAAGUUCCAUGGAACUAAGACUAAAACUAGAUGUCCCAGAGCCAAUUAGGAGCCGUGAGAACCUAUUAAGCUUAGGAUGGAUGAAAGCCUACAAAGAGCCUACAAGUAGGUGACGUAUAAUUUUUAUACUCAUUGUUGCUAUGUUUUACUUGAGAUUGAUGAAAGGUUAGAAUGAGAUGAAAGCCUACAAUUAAAAACUCUCGAGAUUGAUCCGGUUCAGACGGUUUUAACGACCUUUGACUAAACCAAACCAAACCAAAAGGGGGUGGAAGUGAGUUGGGUUGAGUCAAAAAUCAUGAUAGAAAGUGGUUUUGGAACCCUUUAGGCUUUCUUUUUGCUAUAGGGUUUAAGAAAAAGUGAGAAGAGGAGAUGGAAUUAGAAGCACUUUGCGUCAACUCUCAUUUGAUUCACUCAUCCCUUUCCGCCCUAAUUUCUCUCUUCUUAUUCUUCUUCAAAUUUCUACCAUAAAUCUGCCACUGCCUUCCUCGGCUCUCCCCAUUAAUUACUCCAUUCUUCACUCUCUUCUUAAGAAUGUCCAAGAGUUUAGCUGCCAGUGAUGAAGAGGAGAGGCAAACAAAGGCAAUUUGGGAUGAUGUUACUGUUGAUUCAUUCAUAAAUGUCUGUAUUACUGAGACUUUAAAUGGGAAUAGAACUCAUGGUCAUUUUACUAAGAUUGGAUGGAGGAAUGUUGUUAAGAACUUCAAUGCAAAGACAGGAAGAAACUACGGAUACAAGCAGCUCAAGAACAAAUGGACAACGCUCAAAAGAGACUGGCAAGUCUGGAAUGAUUUGAUUGGAACUGAUAAACAAUUAGGAUGGGACACUCAGAGGCAAACCAUUGAUGCCACUAGUCAAUGGUGGGAUGACAAAUUAAAGAUUCUUCCUGAAGCAACUAAGUUUCGUGCACAAGGACUGCAAAAUGUGGAGCUCUUGAACAUUCUCUUUGAAGAUGUUGCAGCAGGCAAUGGAGGAGCAUGGGUGCCAACCCCAACUCGGGUUGUUUUACGUAAGUCUUCAAGUGAUGACACAAUAGGAGACACAAAGUUGAAUGAAAAUGAGUUCAACAACAUUGAAAGUAACACUAAUGAAGUUAAUACAAGUGCAACUUAUAGUCAAGGCAGUGAGAAAAGGAGGAAAAAAGUAGAAGAUUCAAAAGUUGGAUUAUCUUCAUCGAGGUUGUUCGAGGCAUUAGAACAUCUUUGUGAUGCAAUAGAAUACAGAAGAAGAGAUUUACCAGGAUGUAGUACGCUUGAAGUAAUGGAAACUUUAAGGGGGUUGCCUGGAAUUGUGGAAGGUGAUGAAUUGUAUAUGAAGGCUGCAGAUAUACUUAUCAAAAGAGAAAAUAGGGAGAUGUUUGUUGCUUUAAGAAAGCAAGAACAGAGAGCAUCCUUGAGGAAGAACAAGGAUGCAAUAGAUUAGACGGGAUGCUACAUCAACGGAACUGUAACCAUUGGAGAAAUCAGAGAAAUGGGAGGCAGAGGGAGUUUCUGAAGUUUCACAUUC